AUGCCAGAGUACAAACGCGGUUUAUUCGAUGCUCAAUUCGAGGUUGACGAGUCACUGGAAGCGAAGAGCGGUCAAUUCGUGGAGUUCUCCAUGAAUUUCGAGGGUUUUGAAAGGAUUCCCUCGCGGGUGAUGUGGCUUCACGAUGGCCGACCGAUUGAUUCAACAAAGUGGGCCAUUGCCGUCAGCCCGAGAGGCACCUACGCGCGAUCGAAUUGUUUGAAAAAAGUUGACGAGGGCCUUUAUACCUGCCAGGUCUCGGAAUUUGAACACGGCGUCCAUUUGGAAUCCAGCGCUUCCUUGUACGUAAGCUGCAGCCCCGUCGAUCGGGCCAUAGUGCAGCUUUCUCCACCCAAACUCAGUGAGACCCCGUGCCCCACUGUGGCCUACGAGGGUUCCCCCCUGAGUCUCAAAUGUCCCCUGCCCGCGUCUGCAUUUGACAACUACAACCAAACGGACUCGGUGCAAAUGCAGUGGUUUCGCGACGGUGUCCAACUGUACGACUCCGGGCCAAGGCCCUCCUCCUACUUCAGUACAAGCAACGCGCAGUUUCAGGACGGCAACACGGUUUGGCGAGCAGGCAUAGCGGACGGUCGUUUGACGCUGAGUACUGAUCGGGUGCGGAGCGUAGAUGCCGGC